ACUCAAAGUCUGUUGUUGCAGAGGAGCAAAACAUAAAAAAGAGGAAAUGGCACAAAGCUAGAGGAGGAGGAGAGGAGGCAAAAUGCAAGUCAAUUUUCUUCUGCUCUUCUUCUUCUUCUUCUUCACAUUCUUUUCUACCAUUGCCAUUUCCCAUGCCGCUGUCACCCAAAAUGACGAAAUAUUGACACUGCUCUCGAUCAAAGCUGGCCUCAUCGACCCCUUGGAUGCUCUCCAAGAUUGGAAAGCUCCGGCCGACCCCGAAAAAUCCAAGCAUUGCAAGUGGACGGGUGUUGGGUGCAAUUCAAUGGGCUUCGUCGAGAGUCUCGACCUUUCUCGCAUGAACCUCAGUGGCAAGAUCGCUGACGCUAUCCAACAUCUCCCCAGUCUCACCCAUCUCAAUCUCUGCUGCAAUUCCUUCUCCUCCUCGCUCCCUAAGACUUUACCAGGCCUCUCCAUGCUCAAGGAGUUCGAUAUAAGCCAGAAUGCACUUGUGGGCAACUUCCCUAUUGGUCUUGGGGCAUGCGCUGUUCUAACGACCGUCAAUGCGUCGGGGAACAACUUCGUCGGCCAACUACCAGAGGAUCUUGCCAAUGCCACAUCCCUGGAGAUCAUAGAUCUCCGAGGGAGUUUCUUCGAGGGGCCAAUACCGGCAUCCUACGGAAGCCUGCGGCAACUGAAGUUCUUGGGCCUCUCCGGCAACAACCUCACCGGAAAGAUCCCGGUGGAGCUCGGUGAGCUCUCCUCAUUGGAGAAGCUCAUAAUUGGCUACAACGAGUUUGAAGGGGGUCUUCCCGCCGAAUUCGGGAAUCUGUCAAACCUCCGGUACCUCGAUGUGGCAUUCGGGAAUCUUGAUGGCGUGAUACCGCCGGACUUGGGGAGGCUGCAGCUGCUGACCACUCUCUACUUGUACAAGAACAAUUUGGAAGGUGAGAUCCCCAAGGAGAUCGGGAACAUGUCGGCACUGGCUAUGCUUGAUCUCUCUGAUAACCAGAUAUCCGGUGCGAUACCACCGGAAUUGGGCCAGCUGAAGAACCUCCAGCUCUUGAACUUCAUGUGCAACCAGCUCAAAGGCCCGGUGCCGCCAGGCAUCGGCUACCUGCCCCAGCUGGAGGUGCUCGCGCUCUGGAACAAUUCACUGACCGGGCCCCUGCCGACAAAUCUCGGCCGCAACUCGUCGCUGCAGUGGCUGGACGUGUCAUCGAACUCGCUCUCCGGUGAGAUCCCCACUGGUUUAUGCAAUGGCGGCAACCUCACCAAGCUCAUCCUAUUCAACAAUGCCUUCUCCGGCCCAAUCCCGAUUAGCAUCUCGACGUGCUUGUCAUUGGUUCGCGUCAGGAUGCAUAGCAACAGGCUCAGUGGCACGAUCCCGAGCGGUCUCGGGAAGCUGCCGAAGCUCCAGAGAUUGGAAUUGGCGAGCAAUGAGCUUGAAGGCGAGAUUCCAAAUGACAUCGCCUUAUCUGCGUCUCUCUCCUUCAUCGAUCUCUCGCACAACCACCUCCAAUUAGCUCUCCCUUCCAAUAUACUCUCCGUGCCUACUCUCCAGAGCUUCAUGGCUUCUGACAACCAGCUCACUGGAGGGAUUCCGGACCAGUUCCAAGAUUGUCAGACGCUCACCAUCCUUGAUCUCUCCAAUAACCGCCUCACCGGAAGCAUUCCGGCGAGCCUCGCCUCAUGCCAGAGGCUCGUCAACCUCAAUCUACAGCACAACAGAUUCACCGGGGAGAUCCCGAAGGCGAUCGCGAUGAUGCCAGCGCUCGCCAUCCUUGACCUGUCCAACAAUCUCCUGGCAGGCGCUAUCCCAGAAAACUUUGGGAGCUCGCCGGCUCUCGAGACAUUGAACUUGUCAUACAACAAUCUCUCCGGUCCUGUCCCAGCAAAUGGGAUACUGAGGACUAUAAAUCCCGACGAGCUUGCCGGCAACCCUGGCCUGUGUGGUGGAGUAUUACUAGCCCCCUGUGGCCCAGAAUUAGCUGGGGCAACGCCAAGGAGACGACAGAGUGCCCAUGUCAAACACAUCCUCGUUGGGUGGUUGACGGGGAUCUCGGCGGUCCUCACCUUCGGCGUUGCUCUUUAUGGAGCUAAACAGCUCUACAGGAGGUGGUACAUCGAUGGUGGAUGCUGCAAGGAGCAGCUCGAUGAAGAGAACAACGCAUGGCCAUGGAGGCUGACGGCAUUCCAACGGCUCAAUUUCACAAGCAAUGAUGUGCUCGCAUGCGUCAAGGAGUCGAACGUGAUUGGAAUGGGCGCCACCGGCAUUGUCUACAAGGCCGAGCUGCAGCGAUCCCAUACAGUGGUGGCAGUGAAGAAGCUCUGGCGCUCUGGGACGGAGACCGAGGCAUGGAAUUCAGAGCUCAAAGGGGACGUUGCCAGAGAGGUAAGCCUACUGGGGAGGCUCCGGCACCGGAACAUAGUGAGGCUGCUCGGCUAUAUGUACAAUGACACUGACACGAUGUUCAUAUAUGAGUAUAUGCCUAAUGGAAGUCUCUGGGAGGCUCUGCAUGGGCCACAGGCCGGCCGGAUGCUGGCCGACUGGGUGUCGAGGUAUAAUGUGGCAGCUGGGAUUGCCCAAGGGCUCGCCUACCUCCACCAUGACUGCCAUCCCGCCAUCAUACACCGCGACAUCAAGUCCAACAACAUAUUGUUGGAUGGAAACCUCGAGGCACGGAUCGCUGACUUCGGGCUUGCAAGGAUGAUGGCGAGGAAGAACGAGACUGUGUCAAUGGUCGCCGGAUCUUAUGGAUACAUUGCUCCAGAGUAUGGCUACACUCUGAAGGUGGACCAGAAGAGUGAUAUCUAUAGCUUUGGAGUGGUCCUUAUGGAGCUCCUGACGAGAAAGAGACCGAUAGAGCCAGAGUUUGGCGAGUGCCAAGACAUUGUGGGAUGGAUACGUGAGAAAUUAAAAAAUAACAGAGGGAUCGAAGCACUGCUGGACCCGACCGUUGGUGGGCAAUGCAAGCAUGUUCAGGAGGAGAUGCUUUUAGUUCUUCGGAUUGCAGUACUUUGCACGGCAAAGAUGCCAAAAGACCGGCCAUCGAUGAGGGACGUGCUCACAAUGCUUGGCGAGGCAAAGCCAAGGAGGAAGAGCAGCAGUACCAGCGUAGCAAGUAAUGUCGCAGCCAAGGAUAAGCCUGUCUUCAGUACCUCUCCGGAUUCUGAUUUUCCGUAGAUCUGAGGAUUUAGCUUCAUUGGCAUGACUAUUUUUGUCCAUUUUUUCUCUGUUAAUUGUUCUUUUGUAUGUAGUUUUCCUUCUUUCUACCUUGUUUUUUUGCAGUCUACAAUAUGGCUGCAAGCUUGUAGCACAGCUAUGUAGAUUAAUUUAAGAUUAUAGGAAGACCUGGCUAUGUUCAAACAAGGUCCUUUCAGGGUUCCAGCACAUAACAGAUAAAUAAG